AUCGAGAGCACGAUACUGCAAUCUGAAUUGCGGAACCGAGUGUCAGGAUGUCGACUGAGCUGCUUGACGAAGUGCGUAUUGAGGGUGGCGACGCUGCGAAAGGAGGGUUGUGUGUGAGUCGCGAACGGUUCAGGUCUGGGGGGUCUGAGUGAUGUGGUGUAAGGUUGAGGGCAAUCGACGUCAGCAAGAUCCCAAAGGAGCUAGACGAGGUCAUCAUCUUUCGAGGUCGUCCCUCAGCGGCACCUUCACGCCAUUUGUACUGGUCAGUGCUUUGGGCGAGGAGUGGGACAAGGGGAGGCAGCUGCCCUUCCAGUGCGCUGCGCCCAGGCAACGACCUCGCCUUGCCAGAGCGUGUUCCGGCUACCAUGGCGGACCAGUCUAGCUGCGAGGGGCUCAGAGAGAGAGAGAGUCUCGCACGCCCAGAGUUGACACCGCUGUAUGCCAGCUUGUCCUAGAGAUGUUGAAAUUGAAGCUUCUACAUUUGCAGCGAUG